AUGGCUCUUCAGAAGUUGGAUGCGAGUGUCGAGGGCCCCGACACCAAGAAGCCGACUUGGGACGACCAUAUUGCUGCGCUGUUCACCAAACCUUUCUGGAUCCCUGAGGGUGCGGAACGGGAUAGGGCCACUGCGCGCUGGAUCGGGGCUAUGAAGGGGUACAUGAUGGAUCUCAAGAGCUAUGAAUCCGUCAAGCAAUGGGCCGUGACCACCUACUAUCACCUCCGCGGCAGGUCAAUGCCUCUUCCGGGAGAACUUGGAGAGAAGGAGUACUUCCCUAGUGAGGCCUGCGAGUUGAUCCGUUUGUGGAUCAACCAGGGUAUGCGUAAGACCACUAAUGACGAGAUUGAGCUCAGGGAGGAAGAAAUUGAAGAUAUCGACCAAUCGGAAUGGGAGAUCCCGAAGGUUAGGAAGGAUAUACUUGAACUCACUCAGACUGAGCUGGAUCACUAUCGGAUGCAACUUGAUGAUGUCCUUCGUGCCGGCGAUCCAGACCUUAGUUCCCCGUGGCAGAAAUUGGGAAGUAUCCACACAGAAUGGUGUCUGCAUUACCAAGAAGCUUUCUUGCCCUGGCAUAGGGCACACCUCUUAUACAUGGAAAGCUUGAUAAAAUGUCCCAUCCCAUACUGGAACUUCUUCGCAAAAGGCGCAGAUGAGUACGGCAACCCAAGCGCAGGCAUCCCUCAAGCCUUCCUCGAUGAGGUGUACAAGCAUCCUCUCACAGGUCUAAUGCGCCCGAAUCCUCUAAAAUAUGCAUGUGCAAACGGAGGCAUGUCCAAAGCCGCCAUAUCCCCCAGCUACCGCGGCGAGUUCAAAGACAUAGCAUCAAAGAGAUACGUCAAACGCGACCCGCUCCUGACCGGCGGAGGGACAGAGAAAGAGCGUCGCGAGAAGAUCUCACAGGUCAAGCUAUACCAAGACCAGAUCCUAAACGCCCUUACUUGGCCCAUAUUCUCCCAACCGCAAGGAUUGUACGGCUACCCAUGGGCAAACAUCCAAUCCUUCGACCCCCCACCCGGCGACGACCAAUACCCCAACCGUGAAGACUUCGACGGCCUCUUCGAGCAGCCGCACGAUAACUUCCACGGGUGGAUCGGCCCGGAUAUGGCGGACAACUCGUACACGGCUUUCGACCCUAUCUUCUGGUCGUACCACGCGAACGUGGACCGCAUCUUUGAACAGUACAUCCACGACCACCAGGACGCCACCUUCUCCUCCAUAUUCCCCCUACAGCCCUUCACCGGUGCUCGCGCGGACGAGAUGAGUCUUGGAGACCCGCGCAAGCACAUAUACACCACCAUCGGAGACAUGGCCAAGACCAGUCUGGCCCUGGGGUACUCCAUCGCGCCACCAGUGCACCAAGACUGCCCACCGAAGAUUGUUCUCUUCGGUCGUGAGGGCCCCACCGCUGGCUCGAAAACUCCAUACGUGCUGUUCGAGGGCGUAAAGUGCACGACCGAAUCGUACACUAUCGACGUGUAUAUCGAUUGCCCGGAGACCAACAGACUGGCCUUGGCUUCGAAUAAGCAUUACAUCGGCAGACUAACGCGCAUGGGAAUGGGUGCCAGUGCCAGUAAAGGCCGAUGCAUAAAGAAAGGGGUUACAAGGGUGUUGAACGCUGCCGGGGCAGCGGAGUGUUUGGCUAUCAGGGACGAUGCGGAAGCGGUGCUCUCGCAGGUGGUCACGGAUGUCAAGACCGGCGAGACGGUUCCGGAGGAAGUGUAUAAGAAAUGGGAUGGGUUCGUCGGAAAGUUGGUUUGGGGGGCGGCGAUGCCGCAGGGGAAGGGUAGGAGGGUUGAGAAGCCGAGGGGGUAA